AUGCCGGUUGCGAAGCACAAGUGGGAGACCCACACUUCCUCCAACUUGGCUGUAAAUCAGGGCAUCCGAGACCCCCUCCUCGGACCUGUGCUGUUCCACAUUCGCCCUCUGGGCUUCCAGCUCCCUCCUGCCCCCUGGCCCAUGAGCCCCUUCCCCCAUCUUCUGUCCACCCACUGCCACCAUUUCCCAAGGCGGCCAUCUGGCCCCAUCCACCAGGAGGAGGAGCAGCACUCGGACAGUGAGAAGGACCCUCCCCCAGCAGGGCCUGAGGACGAGGACGGAGAGACCUUCUCCUUUAAGUACAGCCCUGGGCAGCUGAGAGGAAACCAGUACAAGAAGAUGAUGACCAAAGAAGAGCUGGAGGAGGAGCAGAGAGUUCAGAAAGAGCAGCUGGCUGCCAUCUUCAAGCUCAUGAAGGACAACAAGGAGACGUUUGGAGAGAUGUCCGACGGCGACGUGCAGGAGCAGCUCCGGCUCUAUGACAUGUAGCCCUCACCGCAGACCAGGUCGCCAGCACCAUGUGACACAGGGUGUCCUGGGCACAGUGCCAGGCCGUUCCCUGACCCUUGGCCCACAUAUUUGCUACUUUCAGACUUUUGUAGGCUCAACUUUGUCUUAGAAAAUAGGUGCAGAUGUAUAUUAGAUGCAGAUUUGCUCAGUUCUUGCCAGGUGUAUAUCAUCCUAGAGGAAUCAGCCUUGGUUUCUUCCAAGGAAGAAACCCCCGACCCCUGUGGCUGCUGCUUGCUGGUGAGGUUCCUGCUGUCACAUGGGUCAUCUUCCAAGACAGUGCAGCCUCCCACCAGGCCCAGGCCAGUGGUCCCGGAGCGCUGACUCUAAGGCUCCUCACUCAGCGCCCCGCACGGGGUGUGGGGAGAAUUCAGGGUGCUGUGGGGAAGACUCACAGCCGUUCCUGCUGCUGGGGUGUCUCCUCUAAUAACACGACAAACAGCCUCGCUGUACCUUAGAAGGAUUUCUGGAAGUUCCUGUCGUGUGGUCAGGCAGUAGGGGACUGUGCUUAGGCAAAACAACGAAUUCAAAGACCCAACUUUCGCCCUGGGAUCCCUGGGCUGAGACAGUGGAAUUGGAAUUAGUCUCCUCUAAGGGUUUCACUCAUUGAGGCAGAAACUUACUUUAAAUGUAAUUGAGACUCGAGAACACGUAAUACAGCGAGAACCGUACAGGACACUGCAGAUAGACAGGAGGAUAAAGUCUGCGACGUGGGAUGUGGCUCAGAUGUUGCUCCGUGGGAGAGCACGUGCCCAGCGCAGGCCAGAUGCCCAGCAGGAUGUGGGGCUGCGGAUGGGGUGCAGAUGGGGCUCCGUGGGAGAGCACGUGCCCAGCGCAGGCCAGAUGCCCAGCACUGCAGAAACAUAAGGCAGCGUGCUCCCUGACACACACACCCCUUUCCAGGCGGGGAGGCCUCUACAGAGAAGGAGACCUUCAUCAGAAAGAGCUGGGAAGAUGCUAAGUGACCCUACGGGAACCAUGCCUGGGACACCAGAGGGAGCGCCUGGUUCCCGGAGGAGUGAAUGUCGGUGAUGAUGGCGGGGCAGUGGUGGCUGCUUGGCGCCCAGGGGUCCUGCUUCUCACACCACUGGCAGGAACACACGCGCAGCCCUGGAGCAGCUGAGUUACGGAGGGCAUGCCAAGGAGCGGCCGAAAGCUCUCGGUUUCUUUAUUUGUUAAAAUAAAACUGAUCUAGCACCUAA